AUGGAAAAUUUAACAGAUGAUCAACGUCAGGAGUUCAAUACUUGCUUUCAACAGUUUGAUAAAGAUAACGAUGGUAGAUUGAAUUCAAAGGAAGCCGUUAUGGCUUUGAAGUCUAUUGGUGUCAAUAUCCAAGAGAACGAUGUUGCCUCUGGUUUGGAUAUGAACGGAUUCCUCGGUGUCGUCGUCAAGAAGCUACAGAUUACAGAUCCAGAGGAUGAACUUAGACGUGCAUUCAACUGUUUCGAUCAAGAGGGCAAUGGAUUCAUCUCUACCGACUACUUGAAGCAGAUCCUCAUGUCAAUGGGCGAUAUCAUGAAUGCACAGGAAGCAAGCGAUCUAUGCAGAGAGUGCGAUACAGAUAACGAUGGAUACAUCAGUGCAAACGACGCAACAAAAUUAAUCCUUUCUAAAUUACAAUAA